AUGACGACGAUUAAUGGACUGCAUGAAGCCACCGUUUCGAUCCCUCACUUCACGCAAGUAUCUGGCAAGAUGCUGCUCCUACUCACCAUCACCCUCCUCAUCUCACUAAUCCACGCAUCACCACUAGACACCCUCGCGCACUCAACCUCCUCCCUCGAAUCCCUCCGGAACAUCAAAAACAUCCAAAAACAAAUCUCUCACCUGGCGCAAUUCGGCGAAUGGCGCACUAUCAGCCACCUCUUCACGCCCAACAGCACAUUCACCUGGGCAAACACCACCCUGCACGGCCCCCCUGCAAUCGAAACAUGGCUGCAUACCGACUCUCAAGGCAUGGACGGCAUCCAGCCCGGCUCACUGAACACGCUCAUCGCCGAAACGCCCGUGAUAAGUCUCAGCGCGGAUGGUCAACGCGCCAAGGGGCGGUGGAACGGGCUAUGGUUCCAAGGCGAUGGACAGGGAGGCACGCGUAUACGCGGCGGUGUGUAUGAGAACGAGUAUCUAUUGACACCACUCGGGUGGCGGGUAUCGCUGUUGAGAUACCACGACAUGUACGACGGCACGUAUGCGGAUGGAUGGAAGAAUGUCGGCGCCGGGGGGAUUGGAUACGUGCCGUUUCACUUCACGCCCGAGAGCGCGGGCGUGCCAAUAGCUGUUCCUCAUGGAGACGUGGAGGUGUAUGAGGGCACAAUUGGGGAGUUGGAAAGCAGGAUACAGAGGUUGAAUGAUGAGGAUGAGGUUAGGAAUCUUGUGCAUGCGAGGGGGUUUUAUGUGGAUCGCAGGAUGUGGGGGGAUGUGGUGGAUUUGCAUACGGAGAAUACCACGGUGAGGUUUGGUAAUGGGUCGGUGUAUAUGGGUGAAGAGGGUGUGAGGAGGGUUUUGGAGGGGAUGGGACCGGAGGGGUUGACUAGGGGGAUUAACAACGAUCAUCCGAUCUUCGACAUGAUAGUGCAAGCUGAUGGCGACGAAGCGAUUGCUAGAGGCAUUGAGAUCGCGAUGCUGGGUGCUGCCAAUACUCAUGCUGCAUCGUGGGAGUUCAACGUUUUUCGACAUCGUUGUGUGAAAGAAGAUGGCGUGUGGAAAGUUCAAGAUGUCGAGAUCACGCCGCUCAUUGUGGCUGAUUACUACGAGGGCUGGGGAAGAGGCAGGCUUAGAGUUCCGAAUACCUACCUGCCGCCUUUCCUGAACGUUGCGGGCAGGCUAGAUAUGCCUAGCCAAAGCCCGCAGCGCAGCUCAAACGCGACCGUGGAGGAUCUCACGCGUCGUCUCCUCCGCAGCGCGGCAUUUGAUGGCUCAGAAAACCUCUCCCAUGCAUACGGCUACUAUGCUGACGACAUCCUGGGCCCAGAGCUGGGAGGUCUCUUCGCAAAACAAGGUCACAAACUCUCACCUUUCGCCGGCUUCUUCCACACACCAGCGCGCAUAACAGGAGCGAUGACCGCCUCAUAUGGCACCAAUCGCUCGACGCUACGCACAAGCGUAUCCUACCACUGGCGCCCCCAGCCCGUCAUCCUAGUCUCGCAGGACGGGAGAUCGGCCACCAUGCGCGCGAGGCUGCUCCAGCCCUCGACGUCAAUCACCAAAGCCGGUAGCUUCAACAGCGCCAUCUACCACGACCAAGUGGUGCUUGAAGAAGGCAAGUGGCGCCUGUGGAGCGUGACCAUCGACGAGUUCUACUGGCAGUCGACGUCGUGGAAGGAGGGCUGGGUGAAUCCGAAGCCGCGGAAUAGCAGUGCGCCCAAUCCAGAGCCCGCGGGCUGGACGAAGAAGUAUCCCCCAGACGCGACAUUGGCGGAGGUGGGCGAGCGGGAAAGCACGUUUCGAGGCGGGGGAGGGACGUUCAUCAGAGUGGCCGGAUAUCCAGCGCAUGUGGUUCCAGUAUCGCAAUCCUGUCAGUGGGAGAGAGCCGGAGUGGUACUGGCCUGGGUGCGUGCCAUGUCAGGUCCGGCGAGAGUGGUCGCUGGAAGCCAACGGCUAUCAAGAGCCUUCUACGGGGCCAUGAGGAAACGUGUUUUUCGAACUGGGCCGACACUCUUACAGCGCCGUCAUGCAGACCGGAUGGAGCGGAAAUUGGGCGUGGCUUAG